AUGUUAGUCGCUCACUUCAUCCCCGACAUUUUGCCCGUCGUGUCCAGCGACCAGCGGAAGAUCCGGCAGGUGGUCACCAACAGCAGACUCAUACUGGGAGUACUGGCCAAGUGUGGCAGCGUCCGAGUGGACUCGGUGGAGGACUUCGCCUACGGGUCAGAGAUCCUGGUGAACCCGAUGGACAGGAUGUGCAGCCGGGCGGCGCUGCAGGGCGACGCCGUGGCCCGCAGAGCCGAGAGGCUGCUGGGAGACGUGGCCUACAGCCUGCUGUGGUUCAACUGCGAGCACUACGUCAUGUACUGCAGAUACGGAACCGUCACCAGCUUCCAGACCUUCCAGUUCUGUAAGACGGUGAGGAAGCUGCUGCUGAGUCGGCGUGUUGCCAAGGCGAUGGCGUUGCUGGCGGCGUGCCUGCUGCUGUACCUGCGAGCGGCGAGCGGCGGCGUCGUCCUGCUGGCCGCUCUGCUGCCGUUCCUUGUCUGGAUGGCUUCCUGAACACCAGAGUCCCGUUUUGAUGGUUCCUGUUUGCUCGGUUCUUUGUGAAGUCUCAGAAUGGAUCAAAUAAAUCAACCGUCUCCAGUCUGUCUGUGCAUUUACGUGUAAAUCUAGAAGAAAAUAAUAAUAAUAAAAAACUAUU